ACUGCUGCUCAUCGCUCACGCAGCCCUCGCCGCCGCCACCAAGGCAGGUGUGUGACGGCCGCUGCCUGCCUGCCUGCCUGCCUGCCUGCUGCUGCUGUUACUUUUACUGCCUGCCUCCUUGCUUCGUUAAGGGACACAUUGUGAAGCUGGAACUGAAGCUGUUGGCCGAUGUGGGUCUGGUGGGCUUCCCUAACGCUGGCAAGUCCACACUGCUGUGGGCCAUCUCCAGGGCCAGACCCAAGGUGGCCAGCUACCCCUUCAUGACGCUGCAGCCGACCCUGGGUGUGGUGGAGUACAGUGACAUGCGGCGGCUGACCAUCGCUGACCUGCCAGGACUCAUUGAGGGUGCCUGGGCCAACGUGGGGAUGGGGCACCGCUUCCUGCGCCACGUGGAGCGGACACACUUCCUCCUCUUUGUGGUGGACAUCAACGGCUUCCGGCUGUCACCCAAACAGCCAUACCGCUCACCCACCGAGAAUGUCAUGCUGGUCAACAGGGAGUUGGAGCUGUAUUCACCUGACCUGCUGAGUAAGCCAGCACUCCUUAUGGUGAAUAAGAUGGACUCUCCCAAUGCUGAGUCUCGCCUGCAGGAACUCCUUCACAACAUUAAGAGGAUGGAGGACUAUGUGUUGUGUUGCUCCUGUGGUGCCAAACUCACAGAGAACUCAUGGGAUAACUUUGUAAACAUCUCCAUUCCACUGUCUGAGGCAUCCCAGCUGGUGACCAUCCUGGGACACCCCCACCUCAUGGUCCAGACCCUCAGGAACCCUGCUGACCUUGCUUUUGACUUGGUGACUGUCAGGAGGUCAGGCUGCUCAGGAGUGGGAGAGGAUAUUUGAACCAGAAACCAAAGCCAGCACAACCCACUUCAAAGCUUCCUUGGAGGGUUUCUAUGGAUUCAUUCUAGAGAAACUGGUCACUGAGAAAUUUUCAGACUCCUCAUUGGCCUUCCCAAGCACCAGCAGUUUUAGCACAAUGGCACAAGACAGGUAGGACAUGGUGCCUCUCGACCUCGAGCUUCUGGCUGAGCUGGAGGAGGAAGCAACCUCUCAUUAUACUGAGGAGGAUAACCAGUUUACAGAGCACUGCAAGAAGAGCCUGCCUAAGCCGCCAAUACUCCCUGCUGACAGAUUUGACCGCAACAGACAGUGCAGAGGCAACUUUAGGCAUCAAGACUACAGGAAGGAAGGAGGCUGCAGGGAUCAAGGGGAGUACAGAGGUCAUGGGAAUUAUAGGGAUCGUGGGAAUUACAGGGAUCACAGGAGGGAAUAUUCUGACCACAGGCAAGGGAGGUUUGUCAGUGACCACAGAGAUCAUGAUGACAGCAGAAGGGAUAGCGAGAAGAGGAAGUACAGGUCUGAGAAGGAGAGUGAUGAGUAUGGAAGAAGGAAUUACCAGUCCAGCAAAUACUACAAUGGGUGGGGGGGGGGGGUGUCAUCCUGUUGAGUUUUGUGAAUCCAGUGGCUGGUAUAUUUAUCUUUCAUCAGGGACUUCACGCAAGCUUCCACGCCAUUAAUUCUUUGACCAUUACCAAAGGUUACUGACAUUUAAUUUACAUUUAAAUGCCUGCCUGCCUGUCUGUUCAUAUCUUUCUCUCACAACGUACUCACCAUUCACUUGUGAACAUUUAGAGUUUUAGGAAAUAUUUUUGAGCAAGUUCCUUCAUCACAAGGCAACCAUCUACUAAAAAGAAAGAAAAAUGGAAUAUAUGUUGGCAUUUCCUUGAUUGCUUUUGGUGUUAGUGUGUGACUUUCCAGAGUGACAAUACAAGUGUUAUCCCCACUACAAGUCAUGCACUAUAUAUAUAACAUCACUGAGUAUCUUUUCUCUCAUUUUCAUAUAAAUGUUUGUAACAUUUUCAUAUAAAUGUAUGCUAACUUUUAUGUGGACUUGCUGUAAGAUUUUUUAAAAGUAAAGUAUUUUUCCAA